AUGCAGCAAGCCGAUUCCUUUGAUCUUUGGAAGUUCGACCCUGAUUUCCAAACCCCGUUGAUUCUAGACGAAUCCUUAGAUUUAUCAGACACUGAAGAGUCACGGUUUAUCGGUUCAUUAUCAGACGGCCUGUUGGCCAAGUCUGAACCCAUCCUGUCUAUGUCUACUCUUCAGAAGCCCCCACAGGCGGCCUUGCUCGGUGGCGAAUCCCGCCAACUACCGGAGGUUAUCUCUUAUUCUCCUCAAAGAGGAUCAGAAGGGACUCGGGUGUUUGUGCAAAUCCAGUCCCCAUAUGAUCUUCACACUUCGUCUUACGCAACUCUUUACCUGGUUUUUGGUUCGAAGAAAUGCGAAUGUGUACCACACUUCCUGGGAUUCCAGGGCUCUUUGUUUCAGUAUGCCCUCUCGGUAGAUACCCCUCCAUUUAUCUCAACAGGCUCGCCUUCUUUCGCUGUGCCCUUGCAAGUGGCGAUGAAUGCCCAAAACGAGUGUCCUUCUACCACCCUCCAAGUUGGUGUAUAUACCUACGAGAAUGCUUCCCACCCCUCGCCAUCGGACGAAUCCCGAAAGAGGAGGAUCAUGUCAUACUCGGAGGAGCCUAUGUCGGGAAAGAGGACUACUGGGCCGCCAAUCCAGGGCAAGGAGCAGCCGCCAGCCUACUCUUAUUCACCUUAUUUGCAAUCAUUGCCUGCGAUGAAUGGCUUCGUUGCUCCAUAUCACCCAACCUCGUCACCCCGAGUUGCUCCAGCGCAGUACUCGACUGUAAAUGCAACGCCACAGUCCAACAUCCGAGCACCCUCACCCCUCGCCCCUUCAUGGAGUCCCUCAUACGUGACUGUCCACGGAGAUUCCAGAGCUCCUGGAUUCGCCUAUGGCCACGGCCUCCGCCAGCAAAAACCAACCUCCCCCGCGCGUCUCUCUAACCCAACGCUUAUUCGCACCUCUACCCUGCAGCAGUCAAGCAGCCUCGGUCACCACACUCAGUCAUUCAACCCCUAUGCCAUGUAUCCCUCGAAGGCUGUUUUGAAGCUCAAUGGCAGCUUGGACUCGAUGACAGAAAGCUGGACUAAAGAGGAGCGUGAGGCUAAGCGUCGCUUGGUUCAAUUCACUCGUAUGCAAAGUGGGAGCACCAUCCAUGCGGAUUUUAACCCAGUUGCUCCCGAAGACCGUGCUCCCAACAGUAUCUGCAUUAGUUGCAUCUACUGGGAUGGUAAAGAUGAAUGCUUCAUAACGAGCGUCGAUACGAUCUACCUCCUUGAGUCGCUGGUUGGUGUUAGAUUCACCGUGGAAGAGAAGAAUCGUAUUCGCAGGAACCUGGAAGGCUUCAGGCCACUUACUGUUUCAAAAGCAAAAGCCGAUAGCGAAGACUUCUUCAAGGUGAUCAUGGGCUUCCCCGCCCCAAAGCCGCGCAAUAUUGAGAAGGACGUCAAAGUAUUCCCCUGGCGGAUACUUGGCCAUGCGCUGAAGAAAAUCAUUGGUAAAUACGUAAGUGGUGGAUUUUUUACGUUGCAAAUCUUUGACGCAAAUGCUGACGUCCAUGGGUCACAGUCCGCAAGUUACUCGUCGACAGCUGGGGCACUCCCCACCCCCAUUAGCUCAACUUAUACAAGUAACGGCGCUGCAUCGGACUCUGGCACUGAGCCCCCAAACGCGGCAUCCCCACAAUCUGUCUCGGACACUGGUCCAUCAACCACAUAUGGUGCCCAUGUUGCAGCCGCAGCCUACUCCCCUCCAGCACAUCACCACCCCGCUCAUUCCAUGACCGGCACUCAUGAGCUACGAGCUGUGCUACCUGCUGUUAGCCAACCCUACCAUCCUAUGGCUGCCCCCUACUCUUAUCCAGCGGUCUGCCAACAACAGGGUGAUCUUGGCCUCUCUGCACCAGUUAGCAGGACUUGGGAAAUCAACCCUCUCAUCAACGCUCCUGGCACAAACGGAGGCCCCACCUACAACUACCUGACCCCGAUGUCAUACUCCGUCCAAGACCCGUCUCAUUAA